GUUGAAGAGCUCAGAAACCGUUAUUCGCCCACAAAGGAGAUGUGCCUUGUGGUGCUUCGAGGGAUUCCUGCUCCAAAUGUGGGCCUCAUCGAGGCCAAUAAAGACUCUCCGCUCUAUCGGGAUGGCUGGCUGAGGAUGGUUGCAACGCGCGUGCUUUCCGAUUUGCAUGAAAGGUUCGGUUCUUGCCUGGGACUCUGCCGGGAAGACUCUCAGCUUGAAGAAAUUGCCCUGUUUCUGAGCGAGAAUACCGCCAAACCGUUUCAGGAGGACGAGCCGGAUUCCGAAAAAUGGAUUGGCCAGUUUACAGGACCCAACCUAAGAUGGGAGUCAAUUGGGUUAAUUUUUAGUUUUGUAUACUUUCUACCUGAAGACCAUAAUAUGUUCGAUUACAUGUAUGAUGCGGGCGGGAAACAAUGGUCGCAGAUUUCUCGUGUCUGUCUUGGCCUUUGUAUCGACCUGAGCAGGAGGUUUGCGUCGGCGAAUAGUCUGUUGGCCCAACUCUACAUGCGCCGGUCUACAAAGGAAUCCAUCUAUACUGGGGAUGCUAGCUAUUCCUCAUGGGGGACCGGAGCAGAGUCGGUGGCCUUGGCGACCUUUCUUGGUUUACAUGCUGAGUCAAACUCCCCUUCUUACGAACCGUCAUUGGCUUCCGAACAUCGGCGACUCCUUUUUGCUCAGAUGUUUGUUGGAGAGAAGCACGCGGUGCUGUUCACAGGUCGGCCACCUCGAUUAUCGCAUCGAUAUGCGUUUACCCCUCUCCCUCUGGAUCUCCGGGACGAGGAUCUGCUGCAAGGUGGAGACGCUAUCAAAGAAGCUGUGAAAUCUCUCGACAAGAAUGGAUGGAACACGAGUGGAAAGGUGUACGCCGCAACCUUCACCCGAGCGAGAUACAUCCUAUCGCUUUUACGAGAUGAGCUGAUUGAGAUUGGCAUUGGCAAGGCAACGCAAAAGGUUGCUAAUGCUCUCCUUCGGGAUGUCAAAGAACGGCAGAUUGAGGCCGUAAAGGAAUUUCCUUCAGGGUUAGACUAUAAUCCCUCUGAUCUUGCGCAUCCCGAAGCAAACAUCAACGUGCUAUUUGCGCGAAUACUAUUACAGCUUGAGCAACUGCAGAAUCUGUUUCUGAUUGAAAGGCUGCUAUUGAAGCACGGGGAAAUGAACAAAUCUAGUCUGCUUCCAAUUAGUUAUCGGCUCGUUGAGUUGACGUUGCUCUUCUGGACGCACAAGGAUCGCUUUGCCUCUUUUAGGAACGACUUUGAGUGGCUGGUCAUGGCUUUUGCAACUCCUAGCGGAGGUAUACUCUGCAUGGAGCUACUGAACCCUUCCUUCAAAGGCAGCCAUCCGAAGAACCCCUCGAUAACGCGGUCGAACAUUAUACAGCAACUUAGCCUCCUGAUAGGCUUCCUUGAAUGGAUCGAUCCUUCUAGGCCAAACGGCAGCAUGUGCGUGACUACCAGUGCCGUCAUGAGGCGCGUGCUGGAUCAUGUUCUCAACGCUGGCAGCGAUGGCAUGAGCUGGCAGCCGGACACCAUUGAUGAUAUGCAGCUUGACUUUAACUUUGAGCUCUUUGAUACGUUUGACUGGAUGAAGCCGGACGUUCUGACUAAUUAGGCGCUGGAGAGCUGAGAUGUAUAUAGCGAUGAAUGCGGGUCCCUCCUUGUACAUAUUGAGGGACAUGUUACGUACAUAAUUUGCACAGCGCUAGCUCUAGUAUUUUCAACUGGCGCACAAUAACUCAUGUAAUAUAUAUACAUGUAUAUAUAGCUAGGUACUCUCUGCUCGAAAAGAUACCAUCUUGAAGAUUACAGGCACCUGAGAUCAUUUAAAAGUAUAGUACAGAACAAAAAAGAAAGUCCAGUUGUAAAAACAAUGAAAAUGAAAAAAUGAAAAAAUG